AUGAAGGAUAAACCUCAUAUAGGUCUUUCUCCGGCAGAAAGGUUACAGUGGUAUAAAAAUAAAAAGAAAGAAAAAAACAAACAAGCUGUCAGUAAACAUAGAAGCUCUUUUCCCAAGUCUGAAAGGAAGACACCAACAAAUAAGAAAUACAUAAAGUAUCUAGAGAAACUAAAUAAAAUUCAGCAAAAGAAAGAACACAUCAGACAAUUAACAAAAGAAAGAGUACGUAAAUUUCGGACAAAACAACAUACUGAAACAGAAAGCAGCAUAACUGUCACUAAGCCAUUUAAAAACAGAAUGCAAAAGAGCAGGGCCGUGAAAUGUGUAAAAGAUACUAUUAGAGAUUAUACACCUGAGAAAAGAUCUGAAAUUAUAUCUGCUUUAAUAUCGGCAAACAGUCCUAACUCCUUAAAAACAAGACGGCGCCUUGAAUUUGAAAAGGUGAUUAAAGGUGAAAGUGAAAAAAUUCGUGAAAAGGUCGCAGAUGCUGUUCUGUCUGACGUACAAACUUCUUUAGGUAUUAUCAAAGGUUUAUCAACGGAAUGCAGAACAAAAACUCAGAAAGUCGUCUCAUGUAUAGUAGGCAACAAUAUUGAAAUAAAUAAACUACAAACUGCCCUAAGUAAUCAUUCCAGUUUAAAUAGGCGACUGGUGAACAAAGGUUUAAAACUUAAUAAAAAGAUAAUCAGUGGCGAAGCUGUUAAUCUACCACGCACGCGCAAGACAAGAAAAGACAAAUUGAGCGAAGGCGCCCGUAAUAAAAUAGCGGAAUACUGGGUCAAAAACAGUCAACCUCUCAAUGAUAAAAGGAAGGUUAUUAGAGAACGCAUUGGUCCGAAAACAUACAUAGAACAUCCAAAACAUAUCUUAACAUCAACACAAUCAAGUAUAUAUUUAAAUUUUGUUAAGGAAAAUCCCGAUAUCAAAAUAGGCCAACGGCUCUUUGAAUCUCUAAAACCAUACUACAUUAAAUCUGCAAAAAGAAAAGAUAGAAUUACCUGUUUAUGUAAACAGCACGUUGAAGUUUCCAGCUUAUUUAAAAAAGCAAAAGAGUGCAGAAAGUCGAUUUUGGACAAAACGCCAAAUUUAAAAGAUGAUUAUGUUUUAUGGGGAAGUUUGUCUGAUGUUACUGAAGAAAGUCUAUGCCCGCCUGUAUCAAUCAAUGGUGAAAAAAUGUUUAGAAUGUCCUGUUUAAAACGUGAUUGUACAAAAUGUGGUGUAAGUAACAUAAAGUUGAUGGCACAAGAAUUGGACGAUAGUACUAGUUUUGUAACCUGGAACAGGUAUGAGUACGUAUUUACAGGUAAGAAAGACAGAAAUGGUAAAUAUAUAAAAAAGCAACAGUUUGUAAAAGUUACUUCCACAAUGAAAGAAAUGUGGGAUUACAUCAAAAACUCGCUUUCAAAUUUUCCACUACACAAUUUUUUGUGUCAUUGGCAGAGACAACAACUACAUAGUAUCGUAGAUAAUUUACCGGAAGGGCAUGUUGUCAUGGUACAUGAUUACUCGGAGGACUUCAAGUGUGAACUUCAGGACGAGAUUCAAUCCGAUUAUUUUUCACGAAAUGAAGUAUCUAUACAUGUAACUGUUUUAUACCGUCAUGAAACAGAAAAUACUGAAUCAAGCUCGACGCAUGUACCAAACAUUGUAAAAGAAUAUGCUUUUGUAAUUUUUGAAAGUAAUACUCAUGACAGAGAUACAAUUCACCAUGUUCGCAAACUUUUGAUCGAAUCUUACCUGAAAGAUCAGUUGAAGUACGAUUUAAAAUAUGUACAUGACUUUACCGAUGGCUGUAGUCAGCAAUAUAAAUCUAAAUUUUGUAUGCGUGAUGUCAGCUUCUCAGAGUCAGAUUUCAACUGUCCAACACAAAGAAACUACUUUGAAACGUCCCAUGGUAAAGGUGAGCAGGACGCCGCGGGUAGCCAUGUUAAAAACAAAGCACAUAUGUCUGUAAUUCGUAGAGAAUGCGAAAUUCAUAACGCAAAAGAUUUGUAUUUGUAUUUAGAUAAAUACUUCCGUAAUCCAUCAACUUCUUCAUACAAGCCUAGGAAUGGGGAUACAAAACUAAAAGGGCGUUUGUUUUUCUAUGUUGAGGACAGCGAAAUAGACAGACAAAGGUAUACGUUAAAGGUUAAAGCUGUAAAAGAAAACAGAAAAUUACACUGCAUACGCUCAAUGUCCGGUAAUCCAGGUAUCCUAUAUGUAAGGAAAAUAUCCUGCUACUGUCCUUCGUGUACUGACCAAGAUUAUGAGAACUGUGUAUACAAGGGUAUAAUUGACCCCUGGGAGAAACGACACUUGAAUUAAGUUUUCAAGUCUACUAAUAUCUGUGUAUAGUUUUCAUUAUUAAAGAUCUGUGACUAUGUUUCCUAGAUUCGUGAACCAAGCGAGCUUAUCAAAUAAGACUUAAAUCUAGUUAUAUACAGACACUCUGAUAUACAAAAUCUAGAAUUUGAAACUUUUUAAUCAAACAAUGCCCAAUAUAAUGCGCGUUUGUUGUCCUGAAUAUUUGAUUAAGCUAUUAUUCGUAGUUAGACCACACAGUGUAAAUGUAGUCUCUUCUUUUUCAAUACCAUGUCAUUUCAUUCUUAAGGUCUUUAAUAGACUGGUCCCAGUCCUUACAUUUGCCAGUCAUAGUCUCUUCUCAUAUUUUAUGUUAAAUUACUUCCCUUCAUAGUUAUAACAUGGUUACCUUUUCUUGCUGCCGAAUGUAAGGUCUGAUAAUACAGCGAGAUAUUCAAAAGGGAGCAGUCUAUAAACAGGGAGCUAUCUAUAAAUGAAAGAUAUAUGACAAGGAAAUACAUUAGUAUAUAAAAAAAAAACUUAUUAUCAGACUAGUAGCUAGUCUAGGUCUUUAACAUUUGUAAGCAUAAAAAAUUACAGUUUGACAGGCCUAUUAUAUUUAAACACUUGAUCGAAAUUUAUAUAGCACUGGUCACUUUUGUACACCUAUUAUAAAUGCUUGAUGGUUUAUGACGUUCUAAAGCUCUGUUUUUAGAACACAAAAAUAGUUGUAAGAACUAAGUUUUUUAAAAACAUAAAUAUACACAAGCAUACUCCUGUUGUAUUAUGGUGUGCGGCGUGGAAGCCGCUAACCCUCCGGGUUUUCUUUCUGCUUAUAAGUGAUGAGUAAAUUACGAGUUUUGGAGUCGGAAAUACAGACCUGUUUUAUUUUGGUAUAUUGUGGUGUGUGGCAUGGAAGCCGCUAACCCGUUUGUUGUUUCUUUUUCCUGUUGAUUUGUUAAACAUAUUUUUGUUAAACCUAAACUUUGUGGUGGGUGGCAUGUAAGCCUAUAACCCAGUUCUACUUCAUGUAGAAAUUUCAUUUGUUGUGAAAAUAGCUUGUUUUGUAAAUCAUUUUCACUAUGAUAUGCAACAUAAUUAUGCUAAUGUCAGUA